CUCCUCUCUCUACUCAACACUGCUUUUAAAAGAGACCCACUCUACCUUACCUAUCUACUCUUUCUUUCCCUCUUAAACUAGCCAACCAAUUUUCUCUCCAUCAGAAGAAGAAAAACUUUUCAAACAAUGAAAAGAAUAGAUCUUUUUUGUGCAUCACAAGCAUCAACAGCAAUAUGUUCAAGCAUGGAUCAUCAGUCAAUGGUUCGUAGUAGUAAUAUUGUUGGUAAUAGCAGAGCCAUUGAUAGACAUAACCCUCAUCUCAGAGAUACAAUUAGACGAAGCAGCAGAGAAGGUUUACUAAAUGAUGAUAAUAAUAGUAACAGUAUAAAUCCAUCUUCUUCAUCUACUUCGACGACAUAUCAUCCACUGCCCAAGAAUCUUAGUAAGUCGAAAUCAAAAACAAAAUCCAAACCAUACCACAACAAGGAAAAUCAAGACAAGACGACAACUAGUAGAAAAAGCUCUGUUUCUUCUACCAAUCCUAUUACUGACCUUAUUUUCAACAACCACAGAAAAAGCUCUGUUACUAAACCAAUCUGUGAUGUAUUCACUCCUCGGAAAAUCUCUGUUUCGAAAUCAACAAUCACUGAUUUGUUCAGUCCUAGAAAAAGCUCUGUUUCUAAGCCAAUUGCUGAUCUUUUUACUCCUCCUGGGUCUACGAGAUACUUACUCAGUGAUUCUUCUUUUAUUGACAUCGAUCCAGUUUCAGAAUUCAACCCACGUUCCGCAUUGGUUCCAAUCAGAUCAUCAUCGACGAAAGAGGCCGCCGCGAUUCCAAAGGAUAAUCUUGAUCUUGCUUCUCCUGCAACUUUAAAAACUUGUUCUUCAACCAGGACUGCUGAUCAGGUGGUGGUUCUAAGGGUUUCUUUGCAUUGCAAAGGAUGUGCAGGAAAAGUUCGAAAACAUAUUUCCAGGAUGGAAGGGGUGACAUCCUUUAUUAUUGAUUUCCCGUCGAAAAAAGUGACGGUGAUCGGAAACGUAACACCAUUAAGUGUACUUGCUAGCGUGUCGAGGGUCAAGAGUGCGCAGUUCUGGCCUUCAUCCCUGGCCUCGUCUAAGCCGGUGUUAGUCUCCUCAACUCCCAAAUGAUGGAACUUGUUUUUUAACUUAGUAGUAAAAUUAUUCAUUAAUUAGGGUUUUAUGUAGACAUGAAAAGAUAGUUUAGCUGUCUAAUUAUGUCAUCUUGAUGUAAUUGUUUUUUUUUUGUUUUGAAUGCAAUGAAAUGUGAGCUUUGGGUAUUCAAAUUCAGAAUCUUUCUUGUUGAAAAAAAAAAAAGUUGUCUGGUUCUGACUGAUCACAAAACAACAAAUACAGUUGGUGUUGUUGUUGUGUUGGAUAAAACAACAGUAACUUUUUUUGGGUGCUUUUAUAAAUAAAUUUGUUCAGAAGA